CUUUUAAAAAACAGUACACUUCAAUACAGCAGUAAACCGGUGCAGCGGCGGCGGCGGCGGCGGGCGGGUAUGAAGAGUGUGAAACAUGGUUCACUACGGAAAUAAAUAACGGUACCGGGGCGACAUUAUUUAAACCAAAGAGGAGGCCACAAAACACGGCGAGAAAAGAGGAGGCGGAUAUUUGAAGAGAAGAUAAACUGGGUUACAGCUAGCUAAAGUCAGUGCCACACGUUUCAGUGUUGAUGUUGGUAUUUGGACACGAAUACCUGCCGAAAACAGUCCCGAGUUCCUUUAUUGAGGCUCCUCUGUCCUUUGUGACCCCCCUGACACAGAGAGGAUGGUGAUGGAAGAGGGGGGUCAGAGAGACAGAGGGAGGGCGACUCCAGGAACGUCAGCGGCAGAGGGGAGGCAGGUCUUUGUGGAGCUCGCGGAGCAGAACUUUGACGCCAUUUGUCUGUCAACAUAUCGAACAGCCUGCAAGCUCCGAUUCAUACAGAAGAGAUGCAACUUGCAUCUGAUCGACAUAUACAAUGUUAUCGAGGCUGUGCGGGACGCAGGUCUGAACGCUGUAGAGCUGAACGCUGGCAUCUCCAUGACGAGACUGGAGAACUUGGUGUCCUCCCUGUUCAAUCAGCUCAGCAAGCGCCUGCCCACCACACACACCAUCAACCCGCGGGAGAGCGCCGCCAUGCUAGUCGAAUUUUUACUGGCCGCCGUUGACAGUGAGCCAGACAGCCGACUGACGGUGCUUUCUGUCAAGGCGAUGUUGGCCAUGCUGUGUGGAGGGAAACUGGUAGAUAAACUCCGCUAUGUGUUUUCUCAGGUGUCUGACUCCAGCGGCGUGUUGGUGCAGUCCAAGUUUGACGCUUUUCUGAGGGAGGCUCUCAAACUGCCCACUGCUGUACAUGAAGGACCGUCCUUUGGCUACACACACAACUUAGCACACUCAUGCUUCCCACAACAGAAGAGAGUGAUGCUCAAUAUGUUCCUGGACAUUGUAGCUGACCCCCCUCAGUGUCUUGUCUGGCUGCCUCUCAUGCACCGCCUGGCCAACGUGGAGCAUGUCUAUCAUCCUGUCUCAUGCUCCUACUGUCGUAGCAAUGGCAUGACGGGCUUCCGCUAUCGCUGCCUCCGUUGCCGCGGUUACCAGCUCUGCCAGAACUGCUUCUGGCGUGGCAACGCCAGCAGCUCUCAUAGCAACCAGCAUCAGAUGAAGGAGCACUCGUCCUGGAAGUCUCCGGCGACGAAACUUGGCCGAGCCCUGAGCAGGACUCUGGGCUGUGUGUCGUCCAGAGAGCCCCCACAUCCAAUUUACCCAGAAGAACCUGAGAGGACUCUGAACCUCACCAACAUCGUCCCCCCUCGCCCUAUUAGACUCACCAAUGAGGCCAUGUUGCUGUCCUCAUCAGCGCCCGAGUCCUCCAAGAGCUUGGCAGCCGCUCAGCGUAUGAAUGAGGAACACGCUCUGAUCGCUGCGUAUGUGAAUCGCCUCCAGGACAGACCAUGUAAUGUGGACAGUCCCAGCAGGCAAGAUGAGGAGCACAAACUGAUCGCCCGCUACACCUCCAGGCUGGCACAGACUGAUGGCGCAGGAGUGAUACCUAACCGGAGCAUCAACUUUGAUGCGAACAAGCAGAAGAGGGAGCUCAUCGCUCAGCUGGAGAGCAAAAACAGAGAGAUCUUGGCAGAGAUCAGACGUCUCCGUGCAGAGCAUGACGCAGCGUGCCAUGCCAGCCCGGAGAAGGGCAGCACCAACCCGACUCUGCUGGCCGAGCUUCGUCUGCUCAGACAAAGGAAAGAUGAGCUGGAGCAGAGGAUGUCAUCUCUGCAGGAGAGCAGGAGGGAGCUGAUGGUACAACUGGAGGGGCUGAUGAAGCUGCUCAAGGAUGAGGAACAGCGACAGGCAGCGCAGGCAGCUGGCUCUUCUCACGCCUCCCCUUCGCGCCCCAGCCCAUCGGCCGUCCGCUCUGUAGGUGCUGCAUCUCCCCAGGCUCACCUGUACCCUCCUCAAGAUUCACUCGCUGGCGUGGGUGGUGACGUACAAGAAGCGUUUGCCCAAGGCCCACGAAGGAACCUGAGGAACGACCUUCUGGUAGCAGCCGACUCCAUCACCAACACUGUGUCCUCACUGGUCAAAGAGCUCCACUCUGAUGAUGUUCCAGAGGAAGAGGAGAGACUUCUGAACGGAAAGGAUCGAGACAGACAGACAGGCAGACAGGAGACCAGGGUUCAGCCCCACGUUCAACACACAGGUUAACAUGAUCGCAGGGCUAACAAAAACGGCAGAGUGAUGUUUCGUCACAACCAAAGAAGACUGACCCUGCUGGGAUUAGAAAUUAUCUUCUCGCAUUUCGUUAGCCAAUGGGGAUUAGAGCUCCACUGCCAAUCAGCCAAUCAUGAUGCUGGACACCAAAUGACCGCCGGGUCCCUACUGAUGCAUAGCUGUGAUUCUGUGUGUGUCUUGUCACUGUGGUUUUUAAAGUUUUGAUUUGAUUUGAUCGUGCAUAGCUAAACCAGGAAUCUGAAACCUGCUGACUUGUACUGUAGCGUGUGCGUGUGCUGCGUUUUCGAGAUGCCCGAGGGUCGAGAAAGUGAGAGGGACAUUGUGAAGAGACAGAAGGACGUAGGACGUAUUCAGGAAAUCUGUGAGGGAUAAAAUUUGCAGUAACGUUUCAGGAUGGAGAUACGGGAUGUAACUACGUCGGACAGAAACAGUGGCGGGAAAAAGAAGCAAGUUUUUUAAAAAAAAGAGGACAAGCGAGUUGUAAUGUUUUAAGUUUCGGCACUGUGUGCUUAGUAUUUAUUGCUUUGAUUUUCGAUUUUGCUGUUUAUUCAUUCAGUCUGAGUUUUCAUGUGUACACGAGUGUGGUCAGGCCCUGCUGAGACGAUAAGCUUUAAUGGGACGUUUCCUGCUGUAUCCAGUCCAGCCUGGCCCCUUUCCCACCCCCACCCUCCCCCCUCCCCCUCUGGCUGUGGUGGAGAUCCUGGGUGGGAAGUUGAAGGUCCCAGUCCUGGUCCAGGUGUCUGAAACCUGGAUGAGAUUAGUGCCAUGGGUGCUGGUAUGAUCGCGAUUGUGUGUCGAGGUACUGCAGUGGGACUCCAAAGAGGAAUACCAGUCAAAGAAGACAUAGUUGAUUACUUGUGUGUCUGUGUGUGUGUGUGUGUGUGUGUGUGUGUGUGUGUGUGUGAGUGAGGGACAGAGGACUAUGAGACCAUUUCCUUAGACUGGUUCAGUGUAGCAGCACAGAAACACAGUGUGUGGAGAAGGGGGCUCUGAAAGUAUUUUUCCCUAUUUUUUAAAAAAAAUUACAAACCUGAGAGGUCAAAAUAUGGUUGAAAUAAUAACAGAAAAAUCUGUUAGACAAAAUUGUUUAUUUUCUCUAAAUUCUCCCCACUUUUUUGCUUUCACCUCUUGAGGACUGUAGCCUGUUUACUGUGUUUCAAUAGAAGAACUUACGCAUGGAGAAAUGGCGUAAACAGAAACCCUUAAGACUUCAAUGCUAAUGCAGUUUCUCCUUUACCCCUCUGAGUCCCGCAACAAGAGGAACAUAAGCUCACAAACAGAGAGAAAACGCUUAAAGAACAGAAAAACAUCCGCAUUCAUUUACAUUUUCAUUCAUUUAUUCACUCAGCAUUUGUCCAGAUGAGGUCCAGAUCCAAGCCACAUUAGAUCAGAGUCGUUAGCGAUAAAUGCUGCAGUUUCGGUUCCAGUAAACAUGCUUCAUCACCGGGUCGUGGACACCACAUACUCGUAUGCAGAGAGUGUGUCUAAAUACUACCAUACCCACAAUCCUCCUGCGCACUGCGGAACAAACCAACGAGAGGUGUGAAGCAGAGAUGCAGAAAAUAUUAAGCAUUUUGUUGUUGCAAUCAGGAACAAAAUGCUGUUGCUGAGUUCAUCCAAAAUGGGCUUAAGCAGAAUUUUAAGUUCUGCGACAGGUCGUUUCUCACUGCAGUGCACCUUGAGAGUUUUAGUUGACUUUUUAAGUUUUUACAAACAUGGUCUGGAAAAGCUGUCCAGCUUAAAUUACCUUCAUCCAUGCAAAAAGUGAAUCAGACUUUUAUUUUCUAAACACUUCCUGCCCAGAAUUACUCCUCACACUUUCAUAGUCUUGAAUGCCUUUCAGACUUUGUGUAACAUGCAAGGCAUUGUGGGAGUUGAAGUUCUCUGUGGAGGUCAAGCAGCAGCCCAAAAGCCUUCAUGCAAAUCACACAGGACCCAAAGUGACUUACUGAGCUUGAGUCAGGUCAGAUUUAUUUUCACAUAACACAUGUGAGAUAAUUUCAUGAAAAAUACUGUUUUCAAACCCACUUUAGCUCUUCAGGGCCUUCAUUUGUGCUCGCAGGAAGCUGCACUGAACUGUGUUGUACGUGUUUGGGUCGGUCACACGGUUUGGUUUUUCCUCCAGACGUGUUCGGCCCUCCGCAUCGUUUGACCGAGCGCUUGUGACUGAGGUUAUCACGUUUUCGGAUUGAAUGAUUGACUGACGGUGUGAGUGACUGAAUAAAGCUCGUGUUGCGGCGUGUAUGUGGGAAAGAGAGAGCAAGAGACACCAAGACUGACGAGGACGGACGCGUCCUGACACGAAGCCUUUAACGCCUUCAGCCUGAACCUGCUGGAGCUGACGGUGCAUGUGAAAAGUGUUGAUCUGUGCUUCAUCUGUAAUAAAUAAUAUUGAACAUCAAA